AUGGGCGUGCGCGCCCGCCCGAGCGGCACGUUCUACGCGGAAAUCCGCGCCGGCGGCGCUCGCCUCACCCUCGGCACCUUCGCCACCGUGGAGCAGGCGGUGCACCCCUACGACGUGGCGGCAUGCCUCGUCACCGCCGAGCAGCGCCGCUACCGCCAGCAGAUUCAGCGCCGCCUCGCCAUUGCGCACGCGGAUGAACGUGCCAUGGAGGCGUGGGCCGCCGCCUUCCCGCGGGACAUCCUCGACGAGCGCGCCUUCUACGAGCAGAAGAAGGCAGAUCGCAGGGCGGAGAAGGAGGCCAUUCGCGCGGGCAAGCCGUUCAUCGAGGUGCGGGAAGUCGGCCCGACAACCAUCGACGGAAACAAUGAUUGUUAG